AUGAUGUUUGCGAAGAUUCUGUUGAAGAUCCUGAUGGUUUCAGCAUGGCUGAGCUUGGCUUUUGGUACAUCGCAAGGCAACGAGGUAGUUGAUAAUACAACGAUGUCCCAAAAAAUGCCACCUCACUUUCAGUGGUGGUAUUUCUAAUUUGUGGAUUAAAUCUUAUUCUAGAUUAAGCAAUCGCAGGAACAAAUCCAAAGUCAAUGGAAUAUGAUUAAAAGGCGGGAAGUACAAAACCAAGGUAAUAAAACGAGAAGAUUGAUAAGCGUACAUUGUUAAGGUUAAUAUAGAAAAUAAGGCUAUAUCACAAUUGUUUAAACCGUAGCGAAGAGGUUGCGACUUAAUUUAAAGUAUUAAAUCUUCUACGCGCAUGCUUUGUGCCGGGUUGUUGGUUGAAAUUCGUGUCAAGCAUGAAGGAAAAUACAACUAAUGCUGCCAUUAAUUCUAAUACAGAAAAAUGCUUCAGGAAAAGUUCUCCAAAGUUUCGCCAAACUCUAACACCUGAACCGCGUAACGUCCAAAUUUCUAGCAUGGAUCUGUAUAUACAUGCAGCUGAGCUAAUCACAAGUCAUUGAUAAAUUCGAGCAUCAAACAGGGCCUUUUUUAACUAAAAAACUCCAAAGCCCUCCCCCCAGCCCCAUGAUCCCCCACUCAACCUUUUGGCCCCCCAACCUUUUGCUCCAUUUUGCCCCACACACCGUCAAAUUCCCUUUUCUCUAAAAUAUAAGCUAAACAUUGGACGAAAAAUGGUGUUUAGCAGGGAGGUUUUAUAUUCUUAUGUCAAUCGUAUGUCCUGUCUUGUAUCGUCAAUGAUUCAAUGUCUUUUUAAAAUGCUAAACACUGUGUUGUAAAUACCUUAGUGGAUAGCAUAUCCCAGACCCUAUAGAUUUGAGUUGUUAGAAGGCUAGGCUAAACAAGUUGGUGACCGAGUUGUGGUAUUUACAUAAACACACCAUGCAAGCACUUAACUGAAAAUUCAGUCUAUCAACAGUAUAAUGUAACGCUGUAUAUCCAAAAAAUCUGUUUCAGAAAACGCACGAAAUGCAGUCCUAUAGGGGUGGAAAAAUACAAAUACUUUCUGGGGGAGAAACCCCCAGACCCCCUACUAUUACAUACCACACCACACAGAACAAUUUGUCACCAACAACCAUCCGUGAUCUCUCCACACUCAGUAUUGUAUGGACCCUUUUUGUAGAUGCCCUCCCCCCCGGGCGAACUCUUAAACAAAGCACUGGCAUCAAGCAGCGUUGCUAGCCUAUAAUGUGUACUUGUUGUUGUAGUUUCUAAUCGCGAUUUAACUAAGAAUGUAUAUAUUGUUACACUUUGUUUUAUAUUUGUUUGUCUUUUAUUUCUUCCUGUAUAAAAUAUAUUGUAAAUUAACUUUCUUGAACCGUCUGUGCCAGUGUAGCAUACUAUGGAAUUUGCGAUUACAUUACUAUAAUCUUACAUUAUAAUCCUACUAUAAUCCGAUUAUUAUAUAAUCCUACUAUAAUCCAUAGUGUAUCCAUGCUAAUCCCAUACUAUAUCCAUAGUAUGGAAAAAACUUUUUCGAUAAUUACGUCAUGAAUACGUUAUUCGUAGCCCGAGAGCCUCAUCCAGGGCACAGAAUAGGAAGUUAUACCAGAAGCGUAACUCUAGUCGUUUCCCUUAUUGUUUGACGUCCACGAAAAUUUUUAACUCGCUCACGUCAGGCCACGCCAUCCUGGCUAGUACAGCCGGAAGUUUUUAUCAGGAUUUGGUAGGUACAAAGUGCCGGUUGUACUAGCCAGGAUGGCGUGAUCGAUGACGAAUCGCUUGUAAAAACGCGGACAAAUAUUUGCUCGAGUUACGCUUCUGGUAUAACUUCCUAUUCUGUGUCCAGGGUUCGUACAAGUCAGGAAGAGUAAAAUUCAAGGACUCUUCAAGGGCUUUCAAUGCCAUAUCAGGAAAUUCAAGGACUAAAGGGCUGAAAAGAACGCGUUAGAAAUCACUAGAAAGUGACGUUAAACUAAAAAAAAAACACGUUAAAAACUGUUCAGUGCAUUUUUUAAGGAUUCUUCAAUGGUGGGGCAAAACUGCCAAAAGGCCCACUUUCUUUGCCCUCUCCCCAGGAUAGUAUGGGAUCUCCGGAGGUGUAAGCCGAGUACCGCAGGCACGAGUUAAUUAGGGGGUCUGAGGGCAUCCCCCCCCAAGAAAUUUUUAAAAUUUGGGUCUCUGAAAUAGAAUUUGAUGAAUUCUGAGUACACAUUUUUAAAAAAAUCUCAGCUUCUUAAAACAAAGUUUUCAAAUGGUGAAAUUUGUAAUAAAUUGCAUGCUAAACAUUCAAACACAACAUAAGUUUAAGUAUGCUCGCCAACAAAUUGUUUUUAAACUUCUUUUCAAUGUUCAACUCAUUUACUCAAUACAGGUCCUGGGGCCCUGGCUUUGGGGCAAUAGGCUAUAUUUUUUUUUCAGUGGUGGGGCAGAGGAAGGGGCCCAAUGGGGCAAAUGCCCCAUCAGUCCAUGGUAUUAAAAAAUGCCUUGAAACUGUUUAAAUGGCUUUCAAUAAAUUUGUUGAAUUUCAAACAGCUUUGGCUUUUGUAAGACAUGGACAAAAUCAAUUUACAAAAUGUCUAAUUCUUAAUGCCAAACAAUUUUAGAAAAUAUCUACUAAAGCAAGAACAAUUUCAUGCAAGCACUUCUUUAUAAACUCAAGGACUUUCCUUCAAGGCCUUAAAUUUUUGUUUCCAAAUUCAAGGACUUUCAAGGAUUUUCAAGUUUUGUACGAACCCUGCUCAUCUUCAUGAAUCGUGAGCCAAUCGCCUUCCGUCUUGAUUCAUGAGAGCGAGGCUCCCAGGCCUCUCAUAACGUAAUUAUCGAAAAGGUGUAUUGCAUGCAAUUAGCAUAAAAAUUGGAUUUCCAUAUUAUUUUCAACUAAGAUCCAUACCAUUUCCAUAGUAAGGGAUUUUGAAAAAAAUUUCCAGUGGGUAGUGCCAAUAAUAAAAAUGUCGGAUUGAUAGGGUUGCAAGUACGACGUUUCGAGCGAAAGCCUUUCGUCAGGGUACUUGCAUCCCUAUCAACCCGAGGUUUUCUAAAUUAACUUUCUUCAGAGCUUCACAGAACCACUUAAAUUAAUACCCAUCUCUACCCACCAUCUCUACCCACCGUGGUAUCCAUAUCCUGAUAGAUCUGGCAGAGACUAUUAUGUCUAGAGGAAUUACGUCUAACUAUAAGCUUUUAAAAUGAAAAUGAACAAAAGUAUAUUAUGUUUUACAGAUACUAUGAACAGCAAUGUUAUGUUACAUCGCGCAACGUGUUCAACAAUACUACAAAAUAAUGCUUCGUCGAAAAGUGAAAUGUAUCAUAUCAAUCCUCAAGGGAUCAGUUCAUCAUGGUUUCAGGUAUAUUGUAAUAUGACGUCAAACAAUGGUACGACGGUGAUUGGACAUGACAGUGAAUCAACAACACUUGUGAAGGGAUGUGAAAAUCCAGGUUCUUACAAACGAAAGAUUAAAUAUGACAUUCCCUUGGAACAGAUUUUUGCCAUUAUAAAAGAGUCCAGUAUAUGUGAGCAGUAUAUAAAAUAUGAAUGUUAUCAUAGCAGAUUGUUAGAAAAACCUUUUGGUUGGUGGGUAUCACGUCAAGGUUCACAGAUGAAUUACUGGGGUGGAGCGGCAGUCAACAGUGGGAAAUGCGCAUGUGCAGGAAUGACCGACAGCUGUGCAGGUGGGAAGGAAUGUAAUUGUGACAAGAAUGAUGGGACAUGGCGUGAAGACAGUGGAUAUCUGACUGACAAGAACACACUGCCUGUUACUGAGCUGAGAUUUGGAGAUACCGGUCACCCUGAUGUUGGCGAGGAAGGAUACCACACACUGGGAAAAUUGCGAUGUUGGGGUUAGGAUCGCAGAACGUAACUUUAGGGAUAAUACAUAAACUGAAACUUUAUCACUUAGAAAACAUACGAUAAGUAAUAUAAAACGCGUCUUUGGUAAAACUGUCAAUCAAAAAUAGUUUAACACAAAAAUAGAACUUUAGGACAUAAGUAUCACUAACAAUAUGCGCACUGCUGGUGGGUACCUGCAGACUAUUCACUUCGUCGCGCUACAUAGUGAAAGUUAGUACUAUAUCUUAAUAAUCAAUAUGGGGCUUCUUGUAGAUAUCAUAUCAAACUUUAUAUAAACUUUUUACAUAAACUUUGUUGAUCAGUCUAUUUUAAGUUGAAGUAGAGUGCUACAAAAAUGUUACACUAAAGUCUAAAUUUAAAAGAAUAAAAGUGGAUAAUUGGAAUAUUGUUUCGCGGCGUUCUUUUAUUCGGGGUUGCAGAAAAUGCCAACCUUUUUUUAUGUAUACCCCAAUAAGGAAAUAAACCUUCUUCGUCGCUAAAAUUAGACAGCGAAAUAU